AGGGGGGUGCGUGAACUUGAACGCUGCCUCCACAGCUCGCUGCGAGUCCAGGCAGCGGACAGUCGGUCCUAUCACGUUGUGUCCGCCACUCGCGUCUCGCGCAACUUAUCGCACAAGACGGAUUUCUUUUUAUUUGUUUGUUUGUUUUAAUAAGAGGGAUAUUUUGUUGUUGUUGUUUUUUUUGGGACCGAGAAGAAGGUGCUCGACGCGAUGUCCAGGCGCAAACUUGGAAGCAGACCGCAGCACCUGAGUGCAAUUCAAGAUGCCACUGACGUGGCGAAUGUCACCACUUGCCCCGACGACCGGCCUCCGCCUGCUCCGCAGGUCCCUGCUCCCGGCGAGGGUCGUGACCUCUUGACCUGCGGCCAGUGCAGCCGGGCCUUCCCCCUCGCCCACAUCCUGGCCUUCAUCCAGCACAAGCAGGGCGCCUGCCGUUCCCAGAACCAAGCCUCAAACGCCAAUGCCACGCCCCCCUCACCUGCUAACCGGGCACAGCAGCCCAUCGACCACGGCGAGCUUGCACCGGCCUUCAUUGAGCUGAGGAGAGGAGGAGGAGCCUGGGAGGAGGAGGAGGAGCCUGGCGGGAAGGCGGAGCACGGCAAAGCAGGAACCGAGGAGCCCUCUUACUUCACCUGCCAGCAGUGUGAAGGCUUGUUUCCUUCUGCAUGGGCGCUCUUACAGCACGCCCAGCACAUACACUCCUUCAGCAUCUACCAAGAGGAGGGGGAGGAAGACACCGACAUGGGAGGGAGAAGAAGAAGGAAAAGAAGAGAAGGAGGACUUAAAGCGCACAAGCCCGCGACAGCCACUCUCGACCCUUGUCACCUGAGCCAAGCCCUCGCCUCCGCCUUCCAGCCCUCCACGCUGCGCCUCGGGCGCUCCCGUCCGACGCACGCCACCUCCGCCUCCUCCUCCGCCAGCAACAUGCAGGCCCUGAACUUUUCGGUGCGGCUCAGGGAGCUCGCUGGGGGGAAUAAUGUCAACACCGGCAGCUCCCCCGGAGGCCUGAUGCUUUCUCCGUCCUUUUCUCCACCAGCAGCGUCUCCCUUUCCUCAAGCCAGCGCCCUCAAGUCUGACUUUUCCUGCGAGCUUUGUGACCAGAACUUCCUGUCCCAGCAUGCCCUGUCCACCCAUCGCCGGACUCACUCCUGCAACAGGCCCUAUCACUGCGGAGUGUGCGGGCAGGCCUUUGCCCAGAGUGGCCAGCUGGCCCGGCACAUAAGGAGCCAUCACAGGGACGCCGGAGGUGGAGGAAUCUGCUAUGAGUCGGUGGAUGGGGUUGUGAUGGAGGAGGAUGCAGGGAGGCAUGGGAUGAGAGGCAGGUUCCAAAUGCAGGGGGCCGGCAUCACCAUGGGAAAGGGAGCGGCCGGUGCGGAAACGAGGGCCCCGGGUCCCUCCGAGCUCGACCUGACCCUGCCCAAACAACCGUCCAUAGCUUCAGGCCUGAUGCUGCUUACCUCGCAGGUUAGACCCUCAGACAGGGAGCUGCUGAGGCUGUACCAGUGCCAGAGAGCGGGAGGGGAGGAGGAUGCGGAGGUACAAGGGGAGCCCCAGCACACGUCCCCCUGCGCCAGCCCCUCCGAAGGCUCGCUGGAGAGCGGCGAGACCGGGGGCAGCGGGGAGAGCGGCAUCGCCAGCGGCAACUGCACGCCCAAGCGGCCUGAGCUGGGCGAGAGAGCGCGGGGCGUCGCAGAGUGGGAGAGCGAAAGAGGGGAGAUAACAGAGCGGGAGACGGAGUGGAGCUCAGCCAAAGUCAGCGAGGUCGUGCAGGAAUGGCAGAGGGAGAACGAGCGCAGGGGUGUCGGAGGGGGUGUCGGAGGAGGUGUCAGCGGCGGAGGAAGCAGCAGCAGCAGCAGCAGCAACACCAACAACACCAUCCGUACGACUACUACUACUACUGCUGCUGGCUCGGCGGGUAAGAAGAAAAAAGACGAGGCCUGCGAGUACUGCGGUAAGCAGUUCAGAAACAGCAGCAACCUGACCGUGCACCGCCGCAGCCACACAGGUGAGCGGCCGUACCGCUGCGGCCUCUGCAACUACGCCUGUGCUCAGAGCUCCAAGCUGACGCGCCACAUGAAGACGCACGGCGCGCGCGGAGCCAAGGCGUCCUUCUUGUGCCAGCUGUGCUCGGUGCCCUUCACGGUUUACGCGACUCUGGAAAAGCACCUGAAAAAGGUCCACGGGCUGAGCCACGCCAGCGUGGGAGCGUACGCACAGGCCAGCGCCGCCGACACUUUGGCCGCCAUAAAAGCUGAGGAAGAAGUAGUGGUGGUGAAAAUGGAGGAGGAGGAGCAUGAAGCCAGUUUGGAUCAGGUGGAAAUUGAGCGAAAAAUCCAGAGGGAUCUAGCGAAAGGCAUGGAGGUGGGAGAGGGGCAAGCCCAUGCAGAGUACGCGGAGAACGGGCCAGCCAUGGUGGCCGAUCUCCCAGCUGAGAGCAACGCCGAGGUGAAAGCUUUGACUUCUGCGCCAUGAGAGGCCGAUCUCAUUCCCUUGUUGACAUUAAACAUGUUUGUAUGUAUAGGAUUGAGGUGGCCCAUUCAAAUAAAAAAAAAAAAAAAGAAGUGGUUCCGUUA